UCUCCAACGCCUUCCUACUUCAUGUUCCUGCCUACUUCUCCCGACCGAUGGGUACGCAGGGGCGGGGGGAUGGGGCACCGCCCCCCCUCCAGCCCGGCCCGCCGCCCAUGCGCCGCCGGGCCCAGCCCCGCCGUCGUCGUCGUCGUCGUCGUCGUCGUCGUCGUCGUCGUCGUCGUCGUCGUCGUUCAUUCGUUCGUUCGUUCGUUCGUUCGUUCGUUCGUUCGCUCGUGCAGACCCUUGCGCACCGCCCAGCCCGGACCGCCCAGGCCUCCUGGAGCCAUGGCCCCCCGGACCGCCGCCCGCCGCCCCGGCCUCGCGGCCUCCCUGCUCCUCGGGCUCGCCGCCGCCCUCGCCGUGCGCACCGCAGGCUGCUUCCUCCCCGCGCCCCGGCUGCCGCACCCGACCGGCACCGCCGCGGCGGCCGGCGAGCUGACAGCAGCCGCCGCCGCGCCCGCGCUCGCCAACGAGGGCGCCGAGACGGCGCCCGAGGGCUUCCUGAAUUUUGGCAAGGUCCCGCUGGGGGGCGGCUUCGAGCUCAACCUCGACAUCCCGGAGACCGGCAUCGUCAACAUCGCCGUGCUCAUCGCAGGCCUCCUCUACUUGCUGGGGCCUCUCCUCAGCGAGUCGAUGGCCACGCGCGAGAAGGAGAUCCAGGGCGACAUCGACGACGCCAUCGCCAAGUUCAACGAGGCGACGAGUCGCCUGGCAGAGGCGGAAAAGGCACAGGCGCAGGCCAACGAGGUGAUUGCGGAGAUCAACGCGAGCAUCGACAAGGAUCGGCGGCGCGCCCGUGUGAAGGCCGGCAUGGAGAGCACGCUCGCCCGGCAGGAGGCGGCCGCCGAGCAGGCCCUCCAGGACCUGGAGGCGGGCGCGGCGAGCCGCGUCGAGUCCUACAUCCCGGGGGAGGGAAAAACCACCACGGCGAUCGAGCGUGGGAUGAAGGAGCUGAAGGCCAUGGAGGACAGCAAGAAGGAUAAGUACAUGGCGAUGGCGAUCGAGGAGCUGUGAGGUCUGGCCCGGCGUGGGUCCCGGCCCCCCGCCACGGCGCAGCCAGGGUUUACAGCAAAAAGCUCCUCCUUAUCCUCCUCCUCCUCCACUUCCUCCUCCUCCUUAUCCUCCUCCUCCUCCUC